AUGGGCAAACGAAAAGACAGAGARUCAAACAGUGAAGAAGCAAGGCUGUCUUCCCCUAAGAAAAAACACAAGCACAAACAUAAGAAACACAAGAAAAGAAGAGAAGCUGAUGAUGAAGUGCCACGGAAAGAGAAAAAGAAAGAUAAAAUAAAGAGUAAAGACAGAGAAAAGCACCAUGAACCAGAGGAAAGAUCACUAAAAAUCAAAAUUAAGCUUGGAGGACAAACUUUGACAACAAAACAGGUUCCUACAAUUGUACCAGUUGUAACAAGUGAGGAGGAAGACGUCGAAAUAGAAAAUGAAAUUGAAGAAAUAGCUGAAACAUCUGAUAAAAGUUAUCAGCAGUCACUGCAAGAAGGAAGUGAAACUGAAGAUGGGAAAAAGAAAGGAAGUGGUUCUGAUCACGAAGAAGAAGAAUGGCUGAAUGCACUGGAAGCAGGUGAACUUGAUGAUUAUGGACGCUUAAAGCAAGAAAAAGAUAUAAGUAUGAUGACUGCAAGGCAGAGAGCCAUGCAUGGACAUGAAAUAGAAGGUGAAAACCAGCUGCUAGAACUACCAACAGAAACCAGACGUAAAGAUGAAGAUUCAGAAGAGGCACAGAAAAAGAGAAAACAAAGAGCCAAGAAACGCAAACAGCAAAUGCAAAAACAAAUAGAAGAYAAUAAGGCACAGACAGUKAAAAAGCUCCUGGAAAGAGAGACAACUAGAGCAAAAAAGGAUGAAGAGAAGGUACUGUAA